AUGGUGAACAGCCUCUGGUUCAAGUGGAAAAGUCUCCGACUACCCUGGCGGACCUCUUAUAUGGUCGGCCAGGAUCUUGCCGGAAACACCUUCUGGGAAUUUAAAGAUCAGCUGAAAGCUGGCCGCUUCAGACGAAUUGUGAAGUUCGACCCGAAAACACACUACGGAGAUGUUCAAGUUUCUCCGCAAUGGCACCAAUGGCUUCGAUACGUCCGCCCGACUGCGCCGACACUUGAAGAGCAACGACAAGAUCUGAUCCGCCAAGCACAAAUGAAAGAACUGGCGCGGUUGGCUGAUGAGCGCUGGGCUAGCAAAGCCUCCUACCUUGAUAAGCCGAAUACGCAACAAAAUACUACAGGGAUUGAGCCCGGCCCUGCUACUACCAAUAUGAACUCCGAAUCGACGGCCACUUCGACUAAUACCCCCUCAUCCCACGCCCAAGCACCACAGCCCGAGCCUACCAGCCCACCCCCGAAGACUAAGAAGGAAGUAAAUCCCUGGGCGAAAGCCGAUAAACAAACAUCAGGGGGUGAAUGGCAGCCUGACGCCUGGAACCCUACAUCACAACGCUGA